ACAAGCAACGUUAUCAUACUCAGGAAGAUAGAUGGCGGAGUUGAGGCACAAAUUCUUAAUCUCGCCACGAGAUGGAGGUGUCAGUUUUACGCUCCGGCCAUCUUAACUACGGGGGAAACAGCAGACAUGUAUUCGGUAGCAUCACGGAUGGUCCAGACCCGGUGUGUACGCAGAGGCUAAGAGAGAAUUGUAUGCUCUAGCCGCGAACUGAACCGAGGUCCUCCAUCUUCCAGGCUUGUCAAUAUACUGACACACAUCCCAAGUCAUUAGUGACAGCGAGUGAUGAUUAAUGAUGGACUAUUUCCUGGUAACACGUCUGCAAGACCCGCGUCCUUCAAGAAAACAAUUUGGUAUCCAUGGACACGUCUCAACACAGCCUUCGUAUGUCUGUCACAUCCGGCCAGCUCUCUGCUUUUGGUACAAUGAUCACCGCUGAUGAUGACGCACUCCGUAUUCUGUGCGUAUUCAACUUGCGGUCAGUGGCGUAGCACGAUAAGAAAUUCCGUACGCAGUGUUUCUCAAACAGUGGUCCAGGGACUGCUGCAGAGUCGUAAAUUUCGUCAGCAAAUCCUUACCAUUCAAAAACAGUUUCCUUUCAGACAGAAUUGGUGUCGUUUGCAGGGUUUAGGGUGGAGGACACAAUUUUGACGUCGUCUCCUUUCUAGUCCCUGGGGAACGGUGUUAAAAAUUACAUAUUUUCCGAAUUUCACUCACCCCCACAACAAAACAGAAUAAAUAUGGCUGCCCUCUGGGUUGCUUCGCCGUGAAGACGUUUCAGAGGUCCUUGCUGCCUCAAUCCUCACCAUACCAAUGACGUAGGCAGUAAGUGAAUGUGGCAACCACCAGCCAUCUUCACAGCUGUUGCCUUGAGAAGUUGAAAUCUCGAUUAAUUUAGAAUUUAAGGUGUAGCUAAUCACGUAAUUCAUUCGAUCUGAAUACAAAAUCAUGGCGAUAAUCGAUACAUCUACUCGAAGUUAUCCUGUGGCCCUGUAACGAGUACAUUGUUCGCAGAUUCUAAGGAACGGUCUUAUUUGGUCUCAGAAUUGAGUUGAAACGACAAAGUAAAUUAGAACAGGGCCUCCCAAUUCCUUCGCAAAAUUCAUAGCAGAGAUUUUUUUCUGAGUUUCCAUAGUCAAUAGGGCUCAACACAGGGAAAGUAUCUUAAAAUAACAAAAAUCUGUCGUGUUCCGCGUAGAUUCGGUAAUCCCAGUGUACAUUAUCCUCGAAGUAACUGUAUUUAAGAGUCACAAAACGUCUCCACGGUUACAGUUGCUAACUACGACUUCAAUGGCCACGUGACCCGAAAACGAGGGCGAACAGUUUUGAAUAAUCGAUGUCUGAUUGAUUGUCUCCCCCACGUAAAUAUUGCUUUUGGCACUGAACCGAUCAGUGAUGACACAACAAUACGACGGUGAAAGAGGCGACCUUCUCGUCUAUUCAAGACACAGGAACGUCAAGGGCGUUUGUCCUUCGAGAAUUAAUUCUCAUUUGCGUUCUGGAUGUCGAAGACAACAGACCAGAUGGUGACCAUGGAAGAAAGAUUGGCUACCCUGUUUCUUCUGUUGGUGUGGCCGACUGUGAUUCUACAUCUCCUAUCUGCGGAUGACUCUAUUGUGUUUCCCGACAAAGGGUCAUCCGCGCAGCCUAAGACCAGCAGUAACCACGGAGACGAAACAAAAGACGAACGAGUCAAGCCUCGGAUCGGUCUUGACACUGGGGGUGUAAGCACCGCCUUCAAUUUCGGAGUUGAGCCGAACGGCGGAGGAAUAUCAGGAUCUGCUAGCUUCAGCAGCAGUUAUGGCGGGCAGGGUCAGGCCCACUCUAGCAGCCAGAGCCAGUCCUUCAACUUUGAAGCCGGGUCCAGUGGUUUCAGCGCUUCGCAGGCUGCUAGCCAGUCUUCAAGUUUCAAUUCACAGUUCCCUGGUUACCAUGGAUCAGGCGGCCCCUCGAUAAUAGACAGCCAGGCUAGCAGCCAAGCUUCUAGUGGGUCUAGCGGUGGGCCUGGAGCUCACGCGUCUAGCCACGCCUCCAGCUUCGGGUUCCAGACAAAUGGAGCUAAUUUUGGAGCCUCCAGCAGUGCUGCAAACGCGCAGGGGUUCUCAACGGCGCUAGGGCGCCCAACAGGCGGAUUCGGAUACUAUCCAGGAGGAGGAUUGUCAGGUUCAAAGAACCAGGGUGCAGGGGUAUCGUUAGAAAACCUGUACCCUGAUUUCAUCAGAAAUUUCCAACAAGGCAACAAUCAAACGUACAAACUUCACAACGGCAGUAGAAAGCGCCCUGCAUGGUUCAACAAAGCUUUCCGUUUCGACAAAAACAGCACUGUUGUGUUCCCGGAGUAAAUAAGGCACGCGACGAACUAAUACGAACUUCAGAUUUACAAAACUUACAUUAUCAUUCCUACUAUUUAUGAUAUCACAAUUUUCCAAAUAAACUAAAAUUUUCAGUUUCGGACUUGACGAAAAAACAAAUUAAACACAAUCUGAAAAUACUAUCGACAUUUACCGAGAAUCCAACACCACAUUGCGCCAUACCACGUACAAAAUAAAUACUGGGUCACAUGACCAGAAUCAUUUUCGCUGAGUCAAGGUCGCCAACUUAACAAACAGGAAUUAGCACAAAACAAAAUAUACCGAUUCGAAUCGUACUCUGGUGUGCGAUCUCAGAAGCUUCAGAGAAUACCACACAGUUUCACGAGUUUGCGAACGCUCCAGAAACAGGCAUAAAAGAUUUAAGACUCAGACUGUGAGCAGCGUACUUGUGCACGUGGUUCUCUUCAUAAUUUUCCAACAUUCAGAAUACAUUCAAAACUUGGAAAUUGGAACUCCUUAGAACUAUCAAAACACCAAAAGUUUGAAAAUUUAGAAAUCUGAAAAAAAAUAUCUUAAACUUUAAAAAUUUAACAAUUAUAAGAAAUGUAAUUUGUUUAAUUUUCCAAUUUUUAAAACGCUGACAAUUAUUUAUAUUCUAAAAAAACUGAAAUUUCUUGAACAAUAAUUUUUUUUUGGAAAUUGUUUAAUAUUUUUUUAAAAAAAAUUCUAAAUAUUUAGAAACCAUAACGGCUUCCUAAUCCUCUAAAUGUUGAAUAUCUUUAUGGUACUACGUUAUGUAUCAUUUAUGUUGUGUUGGGGGUGGGAUUGUGUCGGGACCAUCGUGUACAACUGGGACGUGUCAGAACCUUUUCUAACGGCCUGUUUGCAUACAUGACUGGUUUGAUUUUACGACACUGUAUGACAGUUUUCUAUCGUUUUAAACAACUCUGUCAUCGUACGAACUAGUCUUUAGCAGUUUAGUAUUGUUCGGGCACAUUCGAAGAGGUUCUGACAUAUUUGAACAUGAAAGGACAGGUUUCUACAAGUUUCUACAGGUUAGUGAUAUUUACAUACCAAAGCGCAUGCGUAUUAGACCAGUGACAACAGCGCCAACACAACUACAACUUACGAAUUUCAGCACGCGUCGCGUUGGUGUUGAAGCUUGCAGAAAUUUUGAAAAUAUUUUCUUGCAGCAAUCACCCAUAGCAAAACGUACAUAUAAAAUUUUAUGAAAGAUGUUUCACAAAUUAUUUAAACACCAGUAGAAUGUUCGUUCCCUAAACACUGCACUGGAAAUGUAAGUGGCGUUCAUAAAUCACAUAUUCCGCCACCGCAAGGCAAUCACAUGAAUGUAAAUAAACACGGAUUUAUAUAGCAUUUCAAUAAAGAUCCAUAAUAUCUGAUCCCUUCAAUACAUAUUAAUUUUUCUGCUUCACUUUGUAUCAAUGACAUUAAACACAACCUGCAAAUACUGUUAACAUGAACCACUAGCAGCCAGCAAACUAAAAAAUACGACAAAACAUUGCGCCAUUCUAGACGGAAACGAAAAUGCUGGGACAAAUGACCGGAAGUAUCUUCGCUGACAUGGUCGCAAACUUAACAAACAGAAAUUAUCACAAGAACAGAAACUCCCCACAUCAAAUCGUAAUCCGAUGUUCGUGCGAUAACAGAAGCUUCAUUAAGAACAGAAUAUAUCACGAGCAUUCAAGACAGGAAUAUAAAAUAUAUUGCAGUCUAUAUGUAACAUAUUUGUGUACAUCGUCACUCCCGUCAUAAUUUACCAACGUUCAAAAUAUACACCUACAAAUUGUAAUACUUUCAAUGCUUCAAAAUUAAAAAAAUAAAUAAAUAAAUUUGGAAACCUGGGAAAUAUCUCUAAAUUAAAAACCAUAAUUUUCAAAAUUUAUUUAUUUUUCCAAAUUUUUAAAAAUUACAAAAAUUUCUCACAUUGGCAAAAUAUCUCUAAAAUAUAAAUUAUUUCGAAAAACGUCCUUCCAUCUCCUCUGUCCCUGUACUUCGCCCCACAGAGGUACACAGCUUGGAGCCAAACAGCAGACGUAAGGUGAAUCCUGACUGAUAAAAGCAAUAUACUCAGACACGACAGUGUACAGUUUAACAUAAAUUAAUACAAAUGCAAAUGCUAUUCUAUAUCUUGAAACAAAAUAUUUACAAGAAAAAAUGAAAAUAAGAAACAUUUAUAAUUAA